UUUUCAAAUUACUUCCUCGCAGUGCAGCUCCUGCCCAAGAAAUGUAACGUAUGAUCCAGCUUAGCUCACGGAAGCCAGCAAGGAAUUUGCGAUACGGUAGACACCAAUAACCCCAAGCUAGAGUGGGAAGAAGAGAGGAUUUGGUGACCUUUCAGCUUGCUCAAAUUACCUUUGCAAGUGGUGGCUGCACCAGAAGGGCUCUGAACCAGACAGCUGAAAGUACUUGAAAGCCGUGCUAUUUGAGGGGUCAGUGCUGCCUCUGAAAGCCUACCAGAUGGAUUUCUGGAGGUGGCUUGCUUUCCCAAUGGGAGUAUUGCUGUGCUGUGCUCUUCAGACAUCUGCUGUUCAACAACCUGCAUCUCACAACUGCACCAGCGAUGGUCAAAGAAUAUCCUUCAGCCACUCCUACAAGAUUGACCUGCCCAUGUCCUCUCAGAUUAAGGUGGAAGCAGAUCCGUUACAGCAUGAAGACAACAGUGGGGCGCAGCUAGAUCCUGGCAAGGCCAUGGAAAAUGAAGAGCAGAAUAUAAUCUUUAGGCACAACAUCCAUGUGCAUGCACCCAAAGGGGACUGCGAAACUUUGACCCACAUUAAGGGUCUGUUUGAAAGGAUAGAGAAGCUUGAGAAAGAAGUGGCAGAGCUGAGAGAAGUUUGCAGCCCUCAGAAAAGUUGUGGGGGAAGCCAAGGUAUCACGCAUUGCAGCAGCCAUGGGACUUUCCUCUGUGCGACUUGCAGCUGUAAGUGUGCCGAGGGCUGGGAGGGCAGUGACUGCUCCCACCCCACCUGCCCCAGCCACUGCAGUGGCCAUGGGUGCUGUGACGGUGGGAAGUGUAUCUGUGAUGAACCUUACUUUGGUGAGGACUGCAGCCACCAGCUCUGUCCGGAGAACUGCAGCGGCAAUGGGAUCUGUGACACAGCCAAAGGGGUCUGCCAGUGCUACGAGGAGUUCAUCGGAGAGGACUGCAGUGAGAAACGAUGUCCCGGGGACUGCAGUGGCAAUGGGUUCUGUGACACAGGAGAGUGCUACUGCCACAAUGGCUUCUUUGGCCUUGACUGUUCCCAGGUGCUUGCUCCUCAGAACCUGCAGCUGCUGAACUCCACAGAGAACACUCUGGCUGUCAGCUGGGAUCCAAUGAUUGAUGUAGACAAUUACCUCGUUAGCUAUUAUCCAGUAGGGUAUGAGACGUUGGCGAAACAAGUCCACGUGCCCAAAGAGCAGCUCAGCUAUGAGAUUGUGGGUGUCCACCCUGGCACCACAUACAAUGUCACUCUUCAUCAUGUGAAGAAGGGGAUUGCCAGUGAGCCCAAGUAUCUAGAAGCAAGUACAGGCCUGAAACCUGGCACAGAGUACGAGGUCACUGUCAUACCCAUGAAAGACGAUACAGAGGGAAAACCAUCCUCAGUGAGUGGUAGGACUGGAGUUGAUAGUCCAACCAAUGUGGCAACUGACCGAGUGACAGAAGAUACAGCCACUGUCUCAUGGAAUAAAGUUGAUGCUUCCGUAGACAGGUACAUGGUGAGAUACACCUCAGCUGAUGGGGACGUUAAGGAGGUAGAGGUGGGGAGUGAAAAUGACAUCAUCACCUUACUGGAUCUGAAGCCAGGCAUGGAAUAUGUCAUCCACAUCUGGGCAGAGAAGGGACCCCAGCAGAGCAAGACGGCAAGCAUCAGAGCUGUGACAGAAAUCGACAGCCCAACUGAGCUGUUGGCUGACCAGGUGACAGAGGAUGCAAUUACUGUUUCCUGGAACAAAGUCCAGGCUUCAAUAGACAGAUACAGAGUGAGCUACACCUCAGCUAAUGGGGACACAGAGGAGAGAGAGGUGGAGAAAGACAAGAAUGUCACUACCUUGGCAGGACUGAAGCCAGGCAUGGAGUACGUCAUUUACAUCUGGGCAGAAAAGGGAGAACAGCAGAGCAAGAGGGCCAGCACUGAGGCUGUGACAAAAAUUGACAGCCCAGCUCACCUGGUGACUGACCAAGUGACAGAGGACACUGCCACCAUCUCCUGGGACAGGGUCCAGGCUCUCAUAGAUAGGUACAUGGUGAACUACACCUCUGUUGAUGAUGACACAGAGGAGAUGGAAGUGGGAAAGAAUGAGACUACGAUGACUCUGACAGGACUGAAACCUGGCAUUGAAUAUGUCAUCUUCCUCUGGGCAGAGAAAGGAACCUGGCAAAGCAAGAGGCUCAGCACUGAGGCAGUGACAGAGAUUGAUCCUCCCAAGAACCUCCGUGUAUCAGACGUGACUCAUUCUACUGGUGUGGUUACCUGGACUCCUCCUGCAGCACAGAUUGAUGGCUACGCUCUGACCUACCAGGGUCAAGAUGGCACAAGCAAGGAAGUACAGCUUGGUCCUAGUGAACAACGGUUUGUGCUGGAAGGACUGGAACAAGGAGUGAGAUAUACUAUCUUUGUGAUGGCCUAUAAGGGAGAUCGCCAGAGCAGAAAGACAGACAGUACCUUCUCAACAGUUAGCUUCCUCUACCCGUAUCCUGCGGACUGCAGCCAGAUGCAGCAGAACGGAAAUGCCUCCAGCGGCAUGUACACCAUUUACCUGAAUGGGGAUGGCAGCAGGCCAAUGCAGGUGUACUGUGACAUGACCACUGAUGGAGGCGGGUGGAUAGUGUUUCAAAGACGGAGCACUGGCGAGGUGGAUUUCUACAAACGUUGGAAAAAUUAUGUGGAAGGCUUUGGAGAUCCCACUGGGGAAUUUUGGCUUGGUCUUGACAAGCUGCACAAUCUCACAAGCAGCAGCCCCAUCCACUAUGAGCUCCGGGUGGAUUUGCGGACAGCCAGUGAAUCUGUCUAUGCUGUCUAUGACUUCUUCCACGUUGCCUCGAGCAGGGACAGAUACAGGCUGUCGGUGGGGAAUUACAGAGGCAAUGCUGGGGAUGCAAUGACUUACCACAAUGGCUGGAAGUUCACAACGUGGGACAGAGACAAUGAUGUGGCUCUCAGCAACUGUGCUCUGACACACCAUGGUGCAUGGUGGUACAAGAACUGCCACUUGGCCAACCUCAAUGGGAAAUAUGGGGACAGCAAGCACAGCGAGGGUGUGAACUGGGAGCCAUGGAAAGGCCAUGAAUUCUCCAUCCCUUUUACCGAGAUGAAGAUCCGUCCUCAGUCUCCCAGUAAUGAGCCAAUCCUGGAGAGGAAGAAUAGGUCUCUACCAGGGAAGAGGAAGGAGAUCAGCCUGAAGAAAAGCCUGAGGAGACAUGCAAUAAAUUAAUGUUCACACUCCUGGGUGAGGCCCAGAACAGGAUAUUAAAAUUCUGGACUACCAGCAACAGCCGAGGAAGAAGUAUGAUCUCACCAAAUGAUGCUUGCUCAAAGGCUUCCUUGUCUGAGCAGAUUGGAACGUGAUUGUCCUAUGUCUUAAUGGCCUUUCCUAUCCUAAUGCUAAGCUGAGUAAUACAUUUUAAAGAAUCCUUCCCAGGCUUUGGGGGAAGUAAUAAAAUUGCAAAUAAAGGAGCUCUUAAAAUA